AGCUGCUAUACCAUCCUCGGAAGAAGCAUCCCAUCCCAAGAACACAACACUGCUCGAAACAAGAACUAGCAUCAGCUGCUGCUCUUCGCCACCACCGUACCACCACCAAAGCGUGCAAAUGGCCACCAAGAAAGCCGCCACCACCGCCUCCACGGCGCUCCUCCUCGCCGUGGCCGUGCUGCUCUCCUCCCCGGCCGCCGUCGUCGUGCGCGCGCAGCAGCGGGGCAACCCGUGCCCGACGAACGCGGUGGCGGACCUCAAGGUGUGCGCCGACGUGCUGGUCCUGCUCAAGCUCAAGAUCAACGUGCCGCAGAACCAGCAGUGCUGCCCGCUGCUGGGCAACCUCGUCAACCUGGACCUGGCCGCCUGCCUGUGCGCCGCCAUCAGGCUCAGCGUGCUCGGCAUCCCCGUCAACCUGCCGCUCGACGUGCCCCUCGUGCUCAACUACUGCGGCCGGAACGCGUCGGCCGUGCCGGGCUCCAAUUGUUCCUUCUGAUCGAGUGUCCAUGCUUCAAGCUUCAUGGCUUCAUGUUAUGAUAAAUAAAAGUCUGUCUAACGAGCUUUACUGGACAUGGCAAUUGGCAAAGCCAAGGGUCGGGGUUAUUACUGUUUCUGAAUGUUUCCAACCAUCCAGCUUCUGUUCUACAUGUAACCGUCUUUGGUCAACUGUUUCUUUAUGCCAUUGAUAAGUCAUUCGUGGUUUUUUUUUACAACAAAGUCAUUUGUGGUUAUAUUUUGCUUGGGCUUAUCUAGGGCGGAGGACUCGAGUUUGAAUUGAA